AUGCGACCGACGAGUGAUCCAUUGAAGGUCUUCAUGGAAGACAUUGAGAAAACCGAGACACUUUCUGGUAAAUGUGUUAAACUACAAGCAUAUCUUCACUCUCUCAAGGUGGAUAUGAGUAAGAUGAAGGAUCUCGACGUUCCAAUUUCCAAACAAAUCUUGGAACAUGUUAUCAAGACUCUUGAAGUGGAAUAUGAUAAAGUCUUAGGGAUGAUAAAGGAUAUACUGAAUCAAACAGGAAUUACCGAUGUAAGGGUUUUGCCGGAAGAGAUGAUAAGAGUUUUUCAGGAUCUGAGUCUCGCCCCAACUAACAAUGUGCUACAAGAACCACAUAUGCAAACGGAACAAGGACUAGGGCAACAUGUAUCACUGCCAAUGCAAAUGCAACCAGGAUCACUGCCAACGCAAAUGCAUCCAGGAUGGCAACAAUUGUCACCGCCAAUGCAAGUGCAACAAGGAUCACUGCCAACGCAAAUGCAACAUGGAUCACUGUCAACACAAAUGCAACAAGGAUUAGGGCUACAUGGAUCAGUGCCAACGCAAACGCAACAAGGAUUAGGGCAACAAAGUUCAUUGCAAAUGCAAAUGCAAUGGCAAUUCCAAAGUCAAUUGAUACAGCAACAAAAUGCAUUGCAAAGGCGUAUGCAAAUACAAAGUCAAUUGGCAACAAAGAAUGCUGCAAGACAGGCGCAACAAGGAUUAGGGCAACAAGGUUUAGGACAACGUCCGUUCUAG